GUGGCGUCUGCGGAGUGAGUUCUUGCUGUGAGCGUGCUGCUGGCCUGGCCUGCUCUUCUGUGGGACUCCUCUGCGACCAGUACGACGUAUCCCACGCUGUGCCGGGGCUUGCGAGGCACCGCCACUUGGUGCAAUUCUACCGUUACACCGAGCCCACAGUCAUGCCGAGGCACAAGCGCCUUGCCAUAAACGAGAGUGACGUGAGCAUUGAGGUUGACGCGAAUGAGCAGGGCUCCGACAGCGAGGAGGAGGAGGAUGAUGAGAGCGACGCGGAGCAAGAAGACGGAGCCGUCGACGGGGAGGAGCGCAGCAGCGAGAGCGAGGACGCUCCCCGUAAACGACGGAAGCGGCCGCCGCCGCCGCGCAAGGACGCGAGGGCCCAGCGCAAGGGCAGGAGAGGGCAGGGUCGCGACAGGGGCAGCAAAGCGAGGCAGAGGCGACAGCAGCAAAGCGACGACGAAGACGACUCGGAGGAAGAGGAGGAGCAGAGUGAGGAUGAGGGCAGCACGGGUGGCAAGCAGCGAGGGAAGAAGGGCAGCAAGAAAGAGAAGGGCAAGAAGAAAAAUAAAGACGCUUCCAAUGACAGCGGCUCAGAGAGUGAGAUAUCUCUGUCAGCGGAGGAGCUGGAGAAGCUGAUGGAACAGGUGGAAGAGCAAAAGAAGCUCAUCAGCACGCUACGGAACAAACCCUGGCGGAUGAAACGGCGUCUACAAACACUAAGGGAGGCACAGACGUUUGUGGAAAAGUUCGAGGGAGCCCUGGGCAAGGGACGAGGACGGAAACUCUACGCCUACAAGGUGCUCAUGACCAAGAAAUGGAUGAAAUUCAAACGGGAUUUUGAGAAUUUUCGUACGGCUUGCAUUCCUUGGGAGAUGAAGAUCAAGGAGAUUGAGAGUCAUUUCGGCUCAUCGGUUGCAUCCUAUUUCAUCUUCCUGCGCUGGAUGUACGGCAUAAACAUGGUUCUCUUUGGUUUGACCUUUGGCUUGGUUAUGGUGCCCGAGGCAUUGAUGGGCCGACCUUAUGGCAGCAUGCCACGCAAGGCCGUUCCCCGAAACGACUCUGCAACCGCCAUGAACUUUGCCACCCUGUGGAAUUUUAUGGGUCUAGCGCAGUACUCGGUGCUGUUCUGCGGUUACUACGACAACCAGCGCCAAGUGGGCUGGCUCAAGUACCGGCUGCCGCUCGCCUACUUCUUAGUGGGGCUCGGCUGCUUCGCCUACAGCUUCAUGGUGCUCAUUCGCACGAUGGCGCGCAAUGUCCAUGAAAGCCAGGGCGGAGAGGGCGACGAUAACUUCAACUUCAGCUGGAAGAUGUUCACCAGCUGGGACUACCUAAUCGGAAACCCGGAGACCGCCGACAGCAAGAUUGCGUCCACCACCACAGUGUUUCGGGAAUCGAUAGUGGAAGAGCAGGAGAACCGCAAGGAAGAGAAUGUCCAUCUCCAGCGCUUCCUGCGAGUACUGGCCAACUUCCUCAUCGCCUGGUCACUUGCGGGCAGUGGCUACCUGAUCUACUACGUCGUCAAGCGAGCACAAACGUUCUCACGCAAUGGAUGGGACAACUACGGGUGGUGGGAGCGCAAUGAAGUGAACGUGGUCAUGUCGCUCUUGAGUAUGUUUUGCCCGGCGCUCUUUGACAUGAUCGGGGAGUUGGAAAACUACCACCCCCGUAUCGCCCUGCGGUGGCAACUUGCCCGCAUCUUCGCUCUCUUCAUGGGCAACCUGUACACUUUCAUCAUCGCCCUCAUGGACGAAAUCAACAACAAGCUGGUGGAGGAAAGCAAGCUUCGAAAUUCGACUCAAAUGCAAUUCAUCUUGCACCCAUUCUACCCCGUGGUGCUAAACGGCACGCUGGCAGAGAACGCCACGAUGCCCCCGCUCAUACCCAUGGAUCCCAUGGACAUUCCGCGUGGGCCCUGCUGGGAGACCAUGGUGGGGCAGGAGUUUGUGCGACUCACCGUGUCGGACACCCUCACUACUUACGUCACUAUCCUCGUUGGAGAUUUUGGCCGUGCCGUCUUUGUUCGCCUCUUCAACCACUGCUGGUGCUGGGACCUGGAGUACGGCUUUCCCUCCUAUGCAGAGUUCGACAUCAGUGGGAAUGUGCUGGGACUCAUUUUCAACCAGGGCAUGAUCUGGAUGGGCUCUUUCUAUGCGCCCUGCCUCCCAGCCAUCAACGUGCUGCGACUUCUCGCCUCCAUGUACCUGCAGUGCUGGGCCGUGAUGAGCAGCAAUGUCCCGCAUGAGCGUGUCUUCAAGGCCUCUCGUUCCAACAACUUCUACAUGGCCAUUCUCCUCUUCAUCCUCUUCCUCAGCCUGCUGCCCACAGCGUACACCAUCGUGUCCCUGCCGCCCUCAUUCGACUGCGGUCCCUUUAGUGGAAAAACGCGCAUGUACGAGGUCAUCCAGGAGACCAUUGAGGCCGACUUCCCAGCCUGGUUCAGCACCGUGUUCAGCUACGCGGCCAACCCGGGCCUCAUCCUGCCGCUCAUCCUCCUCAUGGUGCUAGCCCUGUACUACUUACAGGCAGUGUCUCAAUCUUACAAAGAUGCCAACCUGGAGCUCAAGAAGAAACUUCAAAUGCAACGCGAUGACGAGAAAAACAAAAAGAGCAAGGCGGCGGGACUCAUGGAAGAUUUCGAGGAGGAGCAGAACGUGGACGUGAAGAAGGGGGCAGAGGGCGGUGCUGCGAUGGGAGCGGGAAAGGGAGGCGGUGACAAACCGGCGGCAGCGGCUGCGAGCGGAGAGGCGGAGAGGGGAGCCAAACACGGGGCGGCUGCUCACGAGGGACCGCCGGCGGCGCAGGGACAGCAGAGUGGACAGGCAGCAAUAGCAGGUGCGUGCAGAGGUCAAAGUCAGCCGAACGGGGCACGAGCCACGCGGGGAGAAUCGGACUUUCCGCAGGGGCCCCCGCAGCCAGGGCGUGGGCGUGGAGGUGGAUCCCGCCACCCUUACCCCCGCUACGCGCACCCGCAGUAUCCGUACGGUUAUCCGCCCUACGCACACCCAAGCAUGAUGUACCCUCCGUGGGGGGGCGGCGGCAUGCUCCCUGGAUAUCCCCGACCUCCACGCGCCAUGAUGAGGGGUGGCCCUACCUAUUGACGGCACUCGUUUGGCGACGCACAUGUACGUUCGUGCUGUGAAAACGCAUCAGAAAACUAAAGCAGAACGUAAGGAGAUAG